AUGUCUUCCUCUGCCGGCGGCUCAUAUCACAGCCAAUAUCCGGACAUCGAAGAGGACAGAAAGUGGCAUGAAGAGAAGGUCUUUCCACAGAGUAACAGCUCGACUGGAAUAUCACAAGCACCUCUAUCUCUCCCGGAUUCCAAUAAUGUUCACGGAAUGGGAAUAGCUGGCUUGCCAACCAUGAUGGAUCAAAACAAUUUCGGCUCCUUACCGCCAAACUGGGCAGAUUCCAUCCCAGCCGAUAUGCAAGCACAAUGGUUACAACUUCAACAGCAACAGCAUCAACAUCAACAACAAAUGCAGAGGCAGCAGCAGCAAGCCCAGUACAAUAUCUCGCAAGGAUUCUCUCACCCAAACGACGAAGCUGGUAGUAGCACCUCCCGGCACACCAGUUCUUCAUACAAUAAUCCGCAACACAGUCCCGAAGUAUUUGUUGGUGGUCAGCAUCCUUUCUCUUCGCCGUCUCAAUCAUCACCGUUUCAUGAUGCAUCUUUCCAACACAUCUUUCCGUCACCCUCGCAGCAACAACAACAACAACAACAAAGAACACAAUCACCGCAUCAUUCUCAGCAUCCCUUCAUGGCUACACAAAAUCAGCACGCUCACCAUCCUUAUUCGCAACACACACAACAGCAUCUUUCACGAAAUUCCAACGAUUCUCCCCUUAUGCAAGAUGCAUCGGCCGAUCUGGCUUUCUUGCAAGCUGCAACAGGAAUGCAACAUCAACCGUAUUCGGCGCAGAAUAUGCCUUGGCAGCAGCAACAAGGAUUUCAGCCGUCUUCUCGGAGUAGCGCCAUCACAAAUGGCAAUCAAUCUCAUCCGAUUAUGACCCCUGACUUUACAGAUAGAGCUUUAUCGGCCGCACUGGCCUCUAAUGCUCAAAUAAGCUCGAAUCGUAGUAUCACUGGAAGUGGUGUUAAUGUGUCGCCAAUGACGGCGUCCAAUGCGUCGUCUUUCCCUCAAAGUGCUGGAAAUACGACACCAACGAUUAUGGAAGAGGAAGAAGCAAUCUUUCACCCUCACCACCAUAAUGUUGGCCAAAAUGAUCCUCGCUUCUUCAACGCUCCAGAACAUCUCUACCAACCUGAGGCACUGCCGGGACAACACCAAACCCAUAUGCCAAUGCCUACCACUUUGAUGCAACCAAGGAGAGCAGGUCCAAAUCUAUUACGAGCGAGUAUUUAUCAACAAUACUCAAACAUCAACGUUGGCAUGAUGGAAGAACGUUUUCGUGAUAGCACGGAGGAUUGUUUACCGUUUAUUGACGAUGUCAUCUUCAAUUACAUCUCCACGCCAAGUCGAUUGGGUUUAGGAGAACGUACGGUGAUGAUCAUGACCAGUAAGGUUGCUCAAAAGAGUUAUGGUGCUGAGAAACGAUUCUUGUGCCCACCACCAAUGGUUUUGUUGGUAGGAAGUAGUUGGUGGAGCGCUUGUCAUCCUGUCAAUACGUCGAGUGAUGAAGCACAACCCACAAUUCUCACGCCCCCACGAUUGGCAAUUUCUAUGAGCGGUGAUUCGCCAAACCAAGGUGGCAAUUCCAGUGGAAGUUCCUCACAACAGGAUGGUGUGUUGGAAUGGGCAUCUAGUAGCGGAAAGUUGCUCGAUACAGAUAAUCCGUCAUCGGAAUUUGCUAUUUCUGGACGAUCGAUCGGAAGACAGUUGUUCAUCAAUGAUUCUGAUGAAAAGAGAAGGCAUUGUGAAGCAUUAGUACAAAUUCAAGUUCCUGCUUUGGCCGCCUCAGAUCGUAAAUCGCUUGGAGUCUUUCCGAGCAAACCGAUCAAGGUGAUUAGUAAACCAAGCAAAAAGAGACAGAGUACGCGAAAUUCUGAGUUGGGCGUCAAUCAUGGAUCGACGAUCUCACUCUUUCACCGAUUACGUUCUCAAACAGUGUCAACGCGGUAUUUGUGUGUAUCAGGUGCUCCUACCUGGUUCAAAGGAUCAGAUGGAAAUCCAUUCUUGAACACAGAUGCAAACACUCAUAUUCCCAAUCAAGGUGAUUCACCUUCUUGUUUUGUUGCAAAGACUUCGAGUUGGGAUCCGUUCAUUCUGUAUCUCGUUGACCCUCAUAUGCAAGCUGGCGCCAAUCCCACAUCAAAUACGACUCAUAAUCCAUCCGUUGAGCAGAACUUCACUCCCUCUGCAGCAUUUAUGCAAUCUGGCAAUCCUGGCGACGGAACGGAUUCGAGUGGUUCGGCAAGUAUGUCUUCUAAUGGUCCUGGCUCGAGCGGCACGAACGCACAAGGAAGGCCGGCACAUUACCCCAUUCCUCCCGUCAACGCUUUACCGUUUCAACAAGGCAAUGUUCCGAUUCAUUACAAUCAACCUAUCGUAUUGCAAUGUUUGAAUACCGCCGUAGUCAGUCCCGUGAUGGUAAUUCGCAAAGCUGAUCGUGGAACAACCGUUGUUGGUGGAGGUCAACCAAUGAUGUCUUUUGGUUCAAAUGGUCCACCUCCAGGAGAGAUGUACGGUGAGCCCGUGUCUCAACUACACAAAGUUGCUUUUGAAAUCUUAGAGGAACAACCGGACGGAGGAGAAUCGAUUCAAGCUGGCAAUCCUGGUAUUAGCGGACAUUUCUUGGGUUGUUUGAACGAAGAUGUUGGUCUACGUAAACCAUUGGGACCACGUCAGUGGAUGCAAACCAGUUCAGGAUCUGCUAAUGUCGCCCAAAGUGGAAUGAAUAUCAAUCCUUUGUUGAGCAACAAUGGCGCAGGAGCAAAUAAUAAUAUGAGCAAUCCGACCACGCCAACAACACCUCUCACACCCAUGACGACACAGAUGUUUGGAAGCGCAGGUAAUCAUCCUGGUAUGAAUCCCGGUAACAUGAGUGGCGAAUUCAAAAUGGAUCCUUCCAUCAGUCCAACAAAUUUCAUGAUGUACGGUAGCGGCAAUCCUGGACACCAACCAAUGAUGGGCAGCAGUAGUCAGCUCGGAAUGGGGGCACCGAGCAAUCCUCCAACAACUUACCCAUACAAUAUGAAUCCCCAAAUGAUGCCCAACGCUGCUGUGGCUGAUGAUCAAGCCGAUAAUGGAAAAGUAAAGAGACCGAGAAGGGUCUCGUCGUCCGUUCUUGUUCCGCAAAAGAGUGCAGGAACUUCUGUUGCAGUUUCCACUGCAAAUAAGAACCGAAGAAGAGGUCAAAGUUUGUCGGUGAUUGGAUUGCAAAACCAGCUCAAUGCGCAACAGCAACAACAACAGCAGCAGCAGCAGCAGCAGCAGCGAAACCAAAUGCAAGUUCCCUCUCAACAAACGCAAUCACAACAUAUGACGCAUUCUAUUCAUCAACAACGUCCAAGCUUUACUGCUUCGACUACAAACACCUCCUCUUCUUCUUCCUCCAUUUCAUCAAUGGCUGGAACUUCAAGCGGUCAAACUUUAAGAAGACAAAGUUCUUUCGCACAAUCUGAUACUUCUUCUUUGAGCGCAGCGGCAAUGAAUAGUGCAGCAAGUAAUUCCAACACAACGAUCAAUCAUUGGACGGUGGACGUACAUGACUCGGACGUAUGGACGAUCGUUGGAGUGGAUAUUGCAAGACAUACAUUUUAUCUUCCGCCUAAGCUUGUUAAUGGAACGAGACCAAAAGCGGAUGGUGUGGAUGCUAGCAUUGCUCAUUUGGUAACAAUGCCUGCUCCUGCACAUCCAAUCACUCCGAUUCCAAUUCUACACAAAUGCUCUGGGGGUACAAACGGACUAUCAACUUCUCUCAGCAAUUCUUCCUUGGCACUUGCUGCUUCUCAGAAAUCUGGAAAUGGAAUGUACCCACCAGACGCUAACCUUGUGGGCACGCCUGAUUCACCCCUUCGACCAGCAUCGGCUUCUAGCAGCGGGGGAGGUGGUGGUGGCAAUGGUGUACGAGGAACGGCAUCAGGUUAUGUGACUUUGGUUGGUGAAAAUUUUACGCCGAAUUUGUUCAUCUUUUUUGGAGAUUGGCGUUCGACGCACGUUUCGGUUCCUAAUUCAAACACGAUCGUUUGUGCAGCUCCACCACCUUUGGAUGAAUUUGGAAUGUCUCGUGAUCAUGUUCCGAUCAUCUUGGUUAGAAGGGAUGGUGUAAUCUUUCCAACGGAUUGUAUCUGGUACAAGGCUACAUGA